AUGGCUCCAGCUGCAGUUCCGCCGUCGCCGGGCCCUCGGGCUGCAGGCUCGGGAGGGAGACGAGCCCCCACUGCACCCACGGCAGCAGGGGAUGUCCCACCCAAUCAGACUCUGUAUUGCAACAACUUGAAUGAUAAGUUGCACAAGCAAGAUCUUCAGGCAUGUCUAUACGAGUUUUUCUCCGCCUACGGGUUGGUUCUAGAGGUUGUUGUCCGCGGCACCAACAUGCGGGGGCAAGCGUUCGUCGUCUUCGCAGAUCUCAGCUCCGCAACAGCCGCUCUUCGAGCCGCACAAGGCAAAGACUUCCUCGGGAAGCCCCUGCGAGUACAGUAUGCAAAGACAAAGUCCGACGCCGUUCUCAAGCUGAAUGAUCAGUACAAGCCCCGGAAACCGAAUGUCCCCAGAACCAAGGUUGACGCAGGCGCGGGGGCGGCCGCUACCAAGGCAAAGGACGGGAAGGCUACGGGCGAGACCGGCCAGUUUUCUCUGUUUAUUGAGAAUUUACCACCGAAGGCAACAAAAACAUCAUUGGACAUUCUGUUCGGCCAGUAUCGGGGACACACGGAAUCGCGACUCAUUGAAGGCCGAGGCGUGGCAUUUGUCGACUUCAGUACGCAAGCACAGGCGGCAGUGGCCAUGCAAGGCAUGCAAGGCUUCAAAGUGGAUCCGAGUCACCCGAUCAAGAUCUCUAUGGUUGAAAAAUAA